ACAUACCUGCAAUUGAUAUGACAUAGUUUACUAUCUGCAUGGGGAUCAGACACAAAAAUGUUGCCUAUCUUGUAAAAGGAAUAGCAGUCACGAUUCAUAAAGAGGUUUCUUUUCAUAAAGCAUUUAAUUGAUGUUAUAUUAAUUUUGGAGAAGAGCACUCAGCUUCCUCUCUUGUAAAAGCUAGACUUUCCGAUCCUGCUCUCUCUUCCAAAUCUGCAAUCUAAUUGUUGUGAUACUUAAUGAGGAGGAGUACUUGACACUGCAUGUUGAUUUGAUGCUUGAUGCACUAGAUCCGUAGCUGAACAACCCACCCUCCCUUUCCUGCUAGAUUCCAAAGCAAAAUUCGACCUUGGCCUGGCCCAGACUUAAAGCUGCAGAAUUUGGGCUGAGUUUGGGCUUUUUGCAAAACCCAAGCUUCCAGGCUUUCUCCUAAGUGUCCUGGGUCUGAAGGAAGCCCUUGUGUUUUGGAACAAAGCAUCGCACCGCUGGUUCAACCUAUUCCCACUUGGGAGUAAGUAGGGAAGAAGAUGGCAGCCUGAAAAAAAAUCUCCCAGGAGAUGUGGAAUAAGCUGCCAAGAUCAGCCACAUUAGUGCUGACACGCGCCAGACAAAGGAGCCCAGAUUCUAUAAAUGAGACGGCAGGCUGGGAUUGGCAUUUGGCUGGAUUGUCAGGAAAGAGGCUCUGGUGAUUUGAAGCUGAGAGACCCGAGAGCUGCAAAGAGGAAAGGCUCCCCGACUUCAGCUGCUGUGAAUAUUUCUCUAUAGCCAGACUGUGCUGUUUGUUUGGAAAAGUUCUUCCAGAUUUGAGGAUGACCAGAAAAAUCUUCACCAACAGCAGGGAGAGGUGGAGGCAACAAAACGUCAACAGUGCCUUUGCCAAGCUGAGAAAGCUGAUUCCCACCCAUCCUCCUGACAAGAAGUUGAGUAAGAAUGAGACUCUUCGCUUAGCCAUGAGGUACAUCAACUUCCUGGUCAAGGUCCUUGGAGACCAAGGGCUGCCGCAAACAGGUGUGAAUCCACGAGAAAGGAUACUGGGCCUGUUCCAGCAGAAUCCACAUUUGGAACACAUGGAAGAACUGACUCUCCUUGAAGACUCUGAGGUCCCUUCUCCCAACACAAGCAGCAACAUCCCAGAAUGCUGGUCAGAAACAUCAUCUCCAUAAUCAGUCAGUCAGGGUAAUCAUCCUGAUUGCAAUUUGAUAGUUCUCCUUGAUACCGGUUGUGGUAGUUGUUUGUUUCUAUACAGUGUUAAUCUAUUUAUUUAUUUAUUUAUUUGGUCCAUCAUGGUCUUUUAAAACUCAAAUGUACGUUAUGUAAGCAUUUCUGAGGAAGAACAUGGCUUUCAAUAAUUAAAAAGAAUUCCAAAGGUCUAAUCGGCUAUAAAGGGCUUUGAUUUUGAGUACAAGGGACUUUGACUGGGCCUGCUGAAAGUCGACAAUGGAUCACUUGCCCUUUAUUGUGACAUACAAGUGAAAAUUGUUAGGGUCAGUAGCUUGUGGCUGAGUGACACUGUAAGUUUUAAAACAGCUGGCUAGGAGAUCUGGGAAUUUCAGUUCCUGACAAUUUGGCUGCUGGAUUGACAAAGGUUAAUUGAAAAUCUAAGUCAAACAAAUUAUGCAGUUGUGCAUCUUCUCCUGUGGUAGAACAAGUCCCUUCCCACUUCCUUUAACAUACCACAGUGAACAACUGAUUAUUGCUUCCCCGCUUCCUUUCUUCAGGGAAGAAACCACAUAAACUGAGCAGCCACGUCUCCAAUUACAACUGUGAGCAUCUCACUGUAUCCAUUUUGAGAGAUGUGAUAACACUGCCAACUAUAAAUUGGGUAUUUUACAAUACUAUAAAUUCGGUGUUGUAAAAGAAAGUAUCUGGAGCUCUGGAGCCAAGGCUACUCAUUAAAAAAAAACUUUUUUUCAUUUAAGAUACGAUAUAUUAAUGUCAAAGUUAGUUGAGCACUGCUAAGGUCUUCUUCUCUUUUGCCUGCAAUGCCCAGUUCAGUGCAAUCUUUAUGCUAGGAUGUGUGCAUUUCAUUUACUAGUUUUCCUCCAGUAUAUGUCAAAACCUGAGGGAGAUAAAAAUUUAACCAAAACAAAAUGCAUAAGGAAUACAUCUGAGCAGAUGGGAAUGGAUCAUGCCCACUAUGCUUGUUCAGAUGUAAUCAACAAUGGAUUUUAGUUAUCUCUGAAAUAUUCAAAGAUGCCUACCUUAAAAAAAUAUGGAUUUAAGUAUUAUUUCAACUGGAUUUAUAAUGUGAGGAAAAAACUCUUAAAUUUGGCUGGAAUUACA